GUAUGUGAGAUAGAGGGGGUUAUGUAGGUGUGUACAUGAGGCUGAGGUUGGUCAGGAGAGAAUGUUUCUGUGAGAGAACACAAAGAUAAGAUGACGUUGAUGAUUUUUUUUAUUCUUGUAUGAAUGAUUAAAUAUCACAGUCAUAUACAAAAUACAGCAGCAGAUAUGAAUCCAUUAAUAUUUAUGUCUUUGUUUAUUCAUAGGUCUCUGUGUCUCACACUCACACAGAGACUUUCUGAUGAUGAACAAGAAUAAAAUGGCUGAAAGGUUCCUCACUCACGCUCUUGAGAUCAUCUACCUGCUGACUGGGGAGGAAUACACCAUUGUGAAGAAGAAGAAUUCCCAUCUUGGCACCAUUCACCAGCUGACCAGAGAGGUCCCUAUAAAGUGCGAUGAUGUCGCCAUCUAUUUCUCGUUUGAGGAGUGGGAGUAUAUAGAGGAACACAAGGAAUUUUAUAAGGAUGCCAUAUUGGAUACUCACCAGACGUGCACAAAGCUGGGGUACACAGAUUGCAGGAGCUCAGCAGAUCUGUAUAAUGAAGGUCGCGGCUCAGUGAGUGAAGCGGAUGAGACAGAACAAGGUGAUAAUAAUAUUAAUCAGGUGGAAAUCCAUUCAGACCUGAGUGCAGGUGACAUUAACCCUGAAAUUGUGUUAACUUUGCAAACUCCAAAGGAUGAAAGUGAGAUGCGCCAGAUAGAAGCUCCAGACCAGCAAAUCUCUGACAAUUCCAGCUCCGGUGAAGCCGUGGUAAUGGUUGAGGAAAAGGAAGAUCUGUGUGUGGAGAGUCAAGUGGUUGCUGAGGAUCCGGAGCUCUGCCGUGAUAUAAAGACAGAACUCUCCUUGCCAUUGGGGGAAGCCGUGAACAACAAUCUUAUGUUUGAAGAAGCCAACAUGGUAGCCCAUUCGUCUGCCGGGACAGUGAGUGAUAAUCUCAUCCUACCUCAAUGGCUACAAGAGCCCUAUUCAGGAAUACAUCGUAAGACAACACUCCCCCUCAGGAAAGGGGCUGCAAAGAUGUCAAAAAAGGUGUCUCACACCAAUCCCCAGGCAACACCUGGAGAAGAAAAGCUGUAUCUGUGUAAUGAGUGUGGGAAACAGUUUAACUUUAACAGUCAUCUAAUUCGUCAUCAGAUUGUGCACACUGGGAAAAAGCCGCAUGUUUGUAACAUCUGUGGGAGGCACUAUGGUCAUAAAGGUGACCUCAUUAUACACCAAAGAAUACACACAGGGGAAAGACUUUUUACGUGCAAUGAAUGCGGCAAACACUUUGCUAAGAAAUUUAGUUUUGUCGCACAUCAAUUAUCGCACACAGGGGAGAAGCCGUUUGGGUGUGACGUUUGUGGGAAGCAGUUUGCAUCCAAACAAUACCUUAUUAUACAUCAGCGAUCACACACAGGGGAGAGACCUCAUCGGUGCAAUGAUUGCGGCAAGCACUUCAUUUCCAAAACGACUCUCGCUGCACAUCUGAGAUCCCAUAUGGGGGAGAAACCUUAUGAGUGCAGUGAAUGUGGGAAACAUUUUGUAUCAAAAACUAAUCUCAUUGCCCAUCAGAGAACCCAUACGGGGGAGAGACCUCAUAAAUGCGUUGAAUGUGGGAAGCAAUUCAAUACCAGAUAUCAUCUUUUAAGACAUCAGAGAAUACAUGCUAGAGAGAAGGAAACAUAUAUGUCAAAUGAUCAGUACCAAAUAUCCUCUCAAAAAACAUUAGAGGAUACAUAUGACACAGGAGUAGCUUAUAUGCAAAAUUAUCAGUACCAGGUAUCAUCUCAUAACACAUCUGAUGAUACAUGUGAGAGAGUAGAAUCUUAUAUGCAAAAUGAUCUGUGCCAGCUAUUCUCUUAUAAGACAGAGUAUACUUGUGAGACAGAAGGAGUAACUUAUAUUCAAAAUGAUCAGUACCGGGUAUCCUCUUGUAACACAUCACAUGAUGCACAUCAGAGAGGAGUAACUUAUAUGCAAAAUGAUAGAAUGUAAAACUAAUGUAUCUAUUUUGUAAUGUAAUAAACUUGACCAUGUCAAGUUAAAGAUUAUUUAAAAUCUGCUGGUUUUGUUGAUAAAGAAUUUAUAUGUUUUACACUGAAGGAAGAAAAAUAACUAUUUAUUAAUAAAGAUGAGGUAUUUGUACCCUAAACAAUUUAUAAUAAAAACACAUUUGCACUGUGGAUAA